AAAAUUACAAAAUAAACGUUUGGGGACCAUUUAUUUUACAUAAGAAUAUUUAAAUUUGUUACCAGUUUUUUAAAGUUUUGAUCUGGCAAUCCUUACUCAAUGUAAAUAUUAGUAUUAGGCUAUCCAAAAUCUUCAAGUAACUUAGUAUUUGUUUCACCAUGACACUAACAGGGGCAAUAGUGGUAUUUCUAACAUCGUUAUCUGCCCUCCCAGUCUCAUAUACCUUCAAUAAAAUCUCAAACAUCAAAGAUCAAAGGCUGAUACUGAUCACUGGACUCUUGUCCUUCACUCUGGUGGCAGGAGUGCCAUGGAUGAUUCUCAGGAGGAAGCUACAAAAAGUCGACUCAUUUUUUUAUGUCCUCAGCCUGCUAACAUUCAGUUCUGUAUUGAGCCUGAUAAUAGCCUUAGAAAAUGAUGGACUUAUUGCUGAAUUUAUGGGCCACUAUCUGCGUGAAGGGGAGCCAUACCUUAAAACAGCUCAUGGAACCAUGAUAUCCUACUGGGAUGGCAUUGCUCAUUAUGCCCUCUACCUUAUGAUGCUUGCAGCCCUCUCUUGGAACCAAAGUUUCUAUGAUGUAGGAUUAUACUGGGUUGGAUCAUUUGCCUACAGCAAGUGUGUACUGGUGUUGGCUGUAUUCAUGAGUAAAGAAGGUUUGUCUUGGCCAUUUCUCCUCAACUUUCCAUGUAUAGUUAUUUGUGUCAUGGUGGCAAUGAGAUUUCUCAAUGAAAAAUAUGAGGAAAGUUGUCGAAUACAAGAGGAUAUUAAAAAUGAGGAAAAAGAUCUGCUUUUAAAGCUCAGAAAACGCCCAUUGGAUAUAGCACUUAUUAUCUACUACGUCUUUGCUGUGUGUGUCACCAUCUUUAGAUUUAUUGCAGUGAUGGACGGAAAUGUCCAGAUUGUCAACAUCUAUAAAGAAAGAAUUGAGCCUUAUCUCACAGAUCCUAUUCCUUACCCUAAAGCACAGCUGAUGGUCCAGACAUUGUAUUUUGUCCCCUACUACAUGAUGAACAUUUAUGCCUUGAUAGUUCCUGGUCAGUCCUGGGUUCUAAGAUGGUCACUAAUUCAGGCUGGGGCUGCUGGACAGGGCCAGUUCUCGUACAUGGGCUCUUCCUUUCACUACCGGACACCUUACAUCUACCGUGUCCCACAGACUGGCCUAGCCAGGCUGCUCUUUUGGCUGAUCAAUGGGGCCAUGUUUGCCGGGCCGCAGUUGGCUGCAUUUAGGUACCUCAGUCAGCCCCAGUUUUUCUUGAGAGACCAGGCGGUGUCCACACAGGAACAGACAACUCCAGUUAGCAAUGGCAAGGCAGUUCUCUCUACAAGCAAUAAAAAGUCUGACUAAAUGUCUUUAGAGACAUGCAUGUUUGUAGAGACAGACAUGCAGGCAUGUCUGUAGACAGGCAUGUC